AAACUCAAAAAAAUUAUCAAUAAUAUUCAAUAUUGAUUACUAAUAAUAUUUUUAUCAGAUUAGAAUAACAGAAAUUUGAGACACAGUAACUAUGGAUUAACGUUACAAGUACAUUGGUAUUCUAAUGAAAUACGUUUUAGUAGAAAUUAUCACUCACGGGCUUUAAAGUAGAAAAACAUAACAAGUUCCUGUAUUUUUCCGGCUAAGAAAUAUAAGUCCAGGUUCUUUGUUAAUCAUGAUGCAGUGAGGUCAAUAUUUUGUUUUAAUUCUGCAUUUCGGUAAGUUUUAUAAUGGCAAGAUAUUUUGAAAACACAACUGUUUUCAACUAUAGUUGGGAUCAAGUUGCACUAGGAUAUUGGAGGAGAUAUCCUAAUCCACAAAGCACACAUGUUCUAUCUGAAGAUACUUGGACUAGAUAUGUUAAAGAUGGAUGUCUGUACACAAAAAGAUUGUUAACUAAAACUAAUAGAGUGCCAAAAUGGGGAGAAAGAUUUUUCAAUGCAAAAUCUGUAAAAAUUAUUGAGGAGAGUUUUGUAGAUCCCGAAAAGAAAGUUCUGAUAACAUACACCAGAAAUCUAGGCUAUACCAAAGUUAUGAGUGUGGUUGAAAGAGUGGAAUACAGGCCAUCAGGUGCUUCUCAAACAGUGGCACUUAGGUCUGCAUGGGUUGACUCACAAGUAUUUGGAUUCUCUCGUGCUAUACGAGCAUUUGGAGUUGACCGUUUCCGCAAGAAUGCAUCGCAGAUGGUGAAUGGUUUUAACUAUGUACUAAGCAAUAUGUUUCCACGUCAAGUACCGCAACACACAGUGACCCACACACUUAAAGAAAUGCGCGAAGCAGCGGCAGCAGCUACUGACCGAGCUAAAGCAAACGUCUUGUCCUCUGUUAACAGAACAUAACAGGAUUAGUGUUGUGAGGCUUCAUUGGAGUACAAGGGCCUUGGUAGACAUGAAAAUUAAGUUAUGAUUUACUUACUAUUAUAAAACUACAUGUUAUAAAAUUAUACAUAUAUUUAAAUAUAACAUUGAAAAAAUAUUUCAAACUUAACUAUAUGAUACUAAUGCAGCCUAACCUUAUCUAUUUAAAGAAAUGUUAAUUUUCUCAAAAUAAAACUCACAUUGAUUACAUGUUUAGUUCAGACAUAAAUUAUUAGAUAAGACAUUAAACUAAUAGCAAGAUUAGAUUUUAUGAAAACUGUAAACCUUAUGCUUUACUAGCUAAGGUUCCAUCUCAAGGAAUAGCCUCACAUAAACAUUAUAGUAUGGCACUCUUAUGUUUCUCCAAAAAAGGGGCCUUUGGUUUAAUAAUAUAGUUUUGGAUAAAUUUGUAAAGUGAAGAAAGAUAACAUUAUGUAGUUGUGAUAUUAACAAUUUUGAAUACAUCUGUCAAUCAAGAUAUGAUAAUUUAUCCUAAAUCCUAUGAUAUAAAAUAUUAUACUGAUUAGUAAUUGUUGUAGUUGCCCUUCAACUAUUUUUGUAAAUACAUUUAAAAAUGGAGUUUAUUAUUUAGCAUAGGAGUAAUAAAAUGCUUGAAAAUCGAUGCUUUUAAUGAAAUAUAAUUGAUACUAAGUAUUUACAUGUUCUUUUAAAAUUUGAAUUUUUCUUAUGGUUGGAAAAAUAAUGUUUGUAAAUACAUAGCUGAAAUUCCCACUGCCUCAAGCAACUUAUUUAUAAGUGUUUAAUAUAUUUUAACAACAUUCCAUUGGAUAAGUAGUAUUUUUGAAGGAAAUAAAUGAAUGUUAUGUUUAAAAAACAGAUCUUGUUUAGUUUACUUUUGAAUUCUAUUCAAUGCAUUUAAAUUGUUUAUUUUUAUCAUUAAUUUCAGUGAUAUCAUGCUCACCAUUAAACAAAUUUUAUAAUGAAUGCAAGUCUUGAAUAUUAAUAAGCAUUUUCCUGUAUUGUAGUAGAAUAUAUAUCAAAUCUCAAAAAGCUGCAUCCUCACUGUUUACAGAUUCUUUUUAAAUUACUUGUAAGAAUCAAAUCAACAAAAUAUUAUAAUCAAAUAAAUGAGCUAAACAUU